UUAUAGAAAAUAUGAAGAAAUAUAUCCUCCUGAUAUUGGAGAAUUUGUUUAUAUAACUGAUGACACUUAUACCAAAAAACAAGUCUUACGGAUGGAGCAUUUAAUUCUUAAAGUAUUGUCAUUUGAUUUAGCAGUACCAACAGCUUCAUAUUUUCUUCAUUUAUUUUGUUGUAUUGGAAAUAUUCCACAAAUUACAGAACAUUUAGCUCAAUACCUUUGUGAACUUUCUCUUUUGGAAGCUGAUCCUUACUUGCAAUAUUUACCAAGUGAGAUAGCUGCUUCAGCAUUAUCACUUGCAAAUCACACAUUAGGGAGAAAACCUUGGAAUGAAGAAUUACAGAGAUAUACUGGACUUCAACUUAGUGAUUUUAAUGACUGUAUUAAAUCUUUAUAUAAAAGCUUUACUAAUGCUCCCUCCUAUCCUCAACAAGCAGUAAUGGAANUUGCUGGAAAAGUUAAGCUCGUGCUGGAUUUUUUUUUUCUUUCUUAUUGA